AUGGAAUUCGAUCCAAAGACGCCUCAAUUCCUCACCUCGGACCCGUCGAGCUUCGCCUCGGUCUCGGCCGAUGACCGAUGGCCUGUCAUUAUUACCGGUGCCAUUGACGACCUAGCCCGGACUGUGAACACGGUAUCCGAUGCGGAAAAGGCCAAGGAGGGAAAGGGCAUCAUUGAGAAGCUUGCGACGUUGAAGUAUGAGUUGCAGCAUGAUCGGCAAUUGACUCCCCUCGAUGACGAUGGCGAGUCCGAUAUUGCUUCGUAUAACGAGGAGCUCAAGCAGCGCGGUAACCCCAAAUGGCACGAUGCGGCCUGGCUCUACUCCGAGUGCUACCUUUACCGCCGCGUCGAGACCUUCUUCUCCCUAUCAAAGCACUGGAAGGGCUACGAUGUCUUUGCCCGCCAGAAGAUGUCCACCUUCAAGUCUUCCCGCCCAGCCGUGCUAGAGCUCGCCGCGCGGUAUCGCGAACUGGCCCACGAAGCCGAGACCGGCAAGGGUGUGGAUGGAAAGUCACCGGAACAAGUUGAACAAGCCGAGAAGCUGCUCUUCUCGGAGAUGUGCGAGAUCUGUCUGUGGGGAAAUGCCACCGAUCUCUCGCUCCUAACCUCCCUCACCUACGAGGAUAUCCAAAAGCUGCAGGGUUCGCAGGCGCGCCAGGCAUCGCAGAAGAACAUCAUUGUCAACGACCUCGAGGCCGCGUUCAACGUGAUGCAAAAAGCCCGCGUUGAGAAGAAAAAUGGCGAGCGCCGCGUCGACAUCGUCCUCGAUAACUCCGGUUUCGAGCUCUUCGUCGAUCUCAUUCUGGCCGGAUACCUACUCUCAGCGGGUCUGGCGACGACAGUUGUCUUGCACCCGAAGCGUCUGCCCUGGUUCGUGUCCGACGUUACGCCGAGGGACUUCUCGGACCUGCUCAACUCGAUGGUUGAUCCUCAGGCAUUUUACACUGCGCCCGAUGACUCGGGCAAGACAUACCCCCCGCUCUCGGACAAGGAGGUCGAGGAUGUCCAAUUCCUGUUCCAGCAGUGGAGCAACUUCCACCAGGAUGGUAAGCUCGUCGUGCGCCCGCACUCGUUCUGGACGACUCAGGGCUGCUACUGGCGUAUGCCGCACGUUGCGCCGGAACUAUUUGAGGACCUGAAGGAGAGCGAGCUCGUUCUGUUCAAGGGCGACUUGAACUACCGUAAGCUCGUCAACGACGCCCAAUGGGACCCCACAACACCAUUCACAACCGCCAUCGGCUCCAUGGGCCCCAAGUCCGGAAUCCGCGUUCUGGCCUUCCGCACCUGCAAGGCGGAUGUGGUCGUCGGUCUGCCCGCUGGCGAGGACGAGAAGCUUCGCCAGCUUCCUGGUGGUGGAGGUAGUGAGUCGCGGAAGUGGGCGUGGACUGGAAAAUGGGCCGUCGUGUCCUUCUCCGACGGCAAGGCUUAA